AUGGAUUUAAGUGAGUAUAUACCUUAUAUGGACCCCAUACAAGAUAGGCUUAGGAAUGCAAUAAACCUAAGUAGGGAAAGCCUACUGUCAAAAAGUAACUCGAAUAACGUUGCUCCGUUUAUAUAUGUCAUCUUAUUUACUCUGGCAGCUGUCCUCCUCUUCAUAAAUCGCCUCCCACAGAAAAAAAAUGAUGAAAUACCAGAGACCCCAGAAGAUAUAGCAUGCUACAAAGAAAUUGCCCAUGAACAAGGACAAAUUGAGAAGUCAGAAGAAUUGAAAAAGUAUGCAUGGAAUAACUGGUUUAUGAAACUGGAAACAGACUGGAGUUAUUUCAAUGCGUCUCUCGAGAGUGAAAAAUGGACAUGGCUUCUAGGAAAAGAAAAUGAAUGGAAAGAGUGGCUACAGCAUAUGGAAAACAGAUGGACACAUUAUAACGAAAAUAUAGACGCAGCAUUUAAAUCCAGUAUUUUAGAAAAUUCAGAAAAUUGGGAUGAAAGUCAAUGGGAAAACUGGAUUAAAAAUGACGGAAAGAAAAUGAUGCAAAUGAAUUACAGUAAAUGGAUUGGUGAUAAUUAUUCUCAUUAUAAUGCUUGGAUUAUUAAAAAAUGGGAAGAAUGGAAGAGCGAAAAAAUUCGCACCUGGUUAUUAAAAGAUUGGAGACGUAAAGAAUUUGAAUACUGGCAGAAAUAUAAAUGUUUGACCUUACCAGAACCAUUAUUUGAAAGGGCAGAAAAUAACUGGAAUAAAUGGAAUAGAAGGUUAUACAAAGAAAAAGAAGAGUGGAAAGAAUGGGUUGCCGAAAAAUAUGAAUUUUAUCAAAACAGUGAGUGCAAAAAAUGGAAGAAAUGGAAUGAUAGUAAAGACGUGUUGUUUAACAAUUGGGUAGAAUCAUUUAUCAGCACAUGGAUAGCAGAAAAAAAGUGGAACGUCUGGAUGAAAGAGAAAAAAGUGAAAGCGCAUCCUGAGCAGAAAAAUUACGAAGAAGAUCAUAUUGUGACAUUAUAA